AAUUCCUUAUCGCCGAGAUUCCCGAGAACCAAACCACGAAAGCACUACCCAUAGACUCUCUUGUAUCGCAGUCCCCACGGAAGUUCUUCCUGCGUGCUAAGCAGAAACUGAAGCAGCAGCAAAAAGAGACUAGGUCUUCAAGCCCAAUCAAGCAGAACAUUCCUCCUUCCACAACUACAGAAAAGCCAUCAGUCAAAUCUACUGUUUCUGAACAGCUCAGGGACGGUAUUAUAGAGUGUGUGGUCACGGAUAAAGAUAAUCAGUAUGAUUUCAUUGUGGAAUCGGUGGAUGCUGAUGACGAAAUGUCUCAAAGUCCAGUGACUAGUUCUGCAAAUGUAAACUCGGCCCCUGAGCUUCAUCAAGACAGAAGAGGGUUGCAGCCGAGUGGUACACAAGCUGCUCGUGGAGUAGGAAAGACAGUGGAGACUAAGUCUCAAGAGCUCCCACAGUGCUUAUGUAGUAUUCUGCUCUCUUCUCCCAAAAUCCACAUUCCUAGGAAGCAAAAGCCAAAAGAAGACUCUGAGGCCCCUUUGGAUAAACCUCAUACAGAUGAAGUUGCUGGCAAAGCAGAGAAAGAGAAAAAUAUCUGUCUAACAAGUUGGAGAAUUAAAGUGAUGGAUGGUAACACUGCAAUAUGUGUCGAAGGAAAACGCAAAGAUAGGAAGGGUCUGCUUUGGCACAGCAAUGUGAUUACAGAACGCUUGGCAAGCGACCAAGUUAAAACGUUGUCUGGCAGCAUCUAUGUGCUACAGGGAACUAUAGAUUCAGCUUCGAUGAGAAAAGAAGGAUUUCCCUACCGCUUCAUCAAAAGAUUUACAUACGGGUUUUCCAAAAAGUGGAAGGAAUACGUUGAGGAGUUUCUUGAGGACAGAAGAAGGAAAGAAGAAAAACAAAAUAGUGGUGAGGCUGAAGAGAGCGACUCGGUAGUGGGUACGGACGUGUUGAAAAAUACAGAAUAUUCAGCAAGAGGUGUGAAGAAAUCUGAAAUCAGAAACACCACCUAUGAAGUAUCACCGAGGAACGAUGAGGAUGCUUAUACAACACCGAAGCACUGCUCCAUAGAGAACGACUCGAGCAGAGUUUACACUCGUAGCGGCCGUCUCGUUAAACCACCACUAAGUUUCUGGUGUGGGCAGCGGGAGUUUGUUGAUCAGAAUCUAAACGUUACUAUAGAAAAAGGUGGAACAGAUUACCUGACCAUGAUGUUUAGUAAUGAAAAAUCAAAAAAACCUGCCAGUUCCAUUUCUAAGAAGAAAGGAAAGGAAGAAAUGAAGACAUCUGAAGAAGCACCAAAAACAGAGAGUAAAGGGAAAAGGAAUGAAAAAGGAGUAAGUUCCAAAAGCAAAGGCAAGUCUGCUGGAAAGAAGGCCAGGCACUUCGUGUCAGAUGAUGAGGAAAGUGAUGAUGUAAUGCGUAGUACGAAAAUUAAACCACAGCUCUCCAUUAUGCUGACUCCAUUAAACCCUGGAGUACAGAGCAAAACCAGCAGAAUCCCAGGAAUGACACAGGAAAAGAGAGAACUGCCACUGUACCAGUACUCCUUACGGUCAGCCAAACAGCUUCUUCCAGACAAGUGUCUAAAGCAAGGAUUGUCAAGUAAAGAAGAGGAAGAGGAAUCCAGCAGAGAUAGCCCGCUGUCCAUCAAAAGGAAAAAGAAACCUUUAUCAAGGCAAAAGAUUCAAAAUUUGAAAUCUUCCUCGAGCCGUAAAUGUUUCCAGGAUGAUGCAAACAAGGUGUCGUGUGAGCAAGGGGCAACAGGACGCUCGGCCGCCACCCACGCUGCACCACUGAGGCCAGGUGUGCCGCAACCCAUCGGCCCUUCCGAUUUACCUGGAGGAAAAACACCCUCUAGUGAGUCCAGCCCUGCCCAGCUGCCUGCCAAGGCACGGAGGACGAGAGGCAGAACCAACCUUCCGAUGUAUUUGCUCGACUCUUGCACCGAACCCGAAACCAGUGAAGCGGAAUUUCAGAUCAAAGAAAAGAAAGCAAAAUUACCUGCCAGGAAACCCAAUUGUGAGGUUUCUAAUACUGCCAAGUCUUCGGCAGCAAAAUUGAGAGAACUUGAGAGGGAAAAGGUGCAGAAAUCUCUGGAGCUUUUUCCAAGGGCAGCCGAUGGCUGGUCUGAAAAGGAAUUGCAGAAGCUCUACAGGGCCGUGGCGUCGCUGCCGAAGCAAAGGAAUGGCUUCUGGGUGGAGGUGGCCAUGGCCGUGGGCUCGCGCUCGGCAGAGGAAUGCCAGCAGAAGUACACGGAGGAACAGCAGGCGAAAGGCUCCAAAGCACCCACCAAGGCGACCGCCCCUUCGGGAAAACCCAAGCCUGCCAACUUGACUCUGGGUAAGAAAGAGCCAGUGACAAUCACUGCCAAAGUGGGAACCUUCAAAAGGAAGCAGCAGAUGAGGGAUUUCUUGGACCAUUUGCCGAAGGACAACCAUGACGAUAUUUUCACUGCGACGCCCUUUCAGAAUCAAAGAGUCAAG